AUGUAUGCCUUGAAUGAUCAGUAUAAUUCCAAGUUGGAGUUGUUGCUUUGUGUAUAUGAUUGUUUUAUUGUUUUAGAGGGACAACGAAAAGCUCACUAUGAAGAGUGUGAUGCUGAAAAGAAAAGGAAUAUUGAAAAAAUUAGAAAUUUGAAGAAAACCAUCAAACAGUUACAGCUACAGCUGGGAAAGCCACCUAAAUGUGAUGAAAGCAUCUUGAAGACUAGUAACAAGUACCCAAAGGAGACAAUCGCUCUACGGAACAAAGAGACUCGAGAGGCAGCUCAGCUAUUGGACUAUAAAGUGAUUGAUCUCCAAAAGAAACUGGAUUUGAUAAGAUAUCACGCGCAAAUGCAUCAAAAGCGAAUGAAAGAUUUGGCUGAUGAAUACCAAGAGCUCCUCAUCAACACAGCAAACGAAGGUAUUCGGAAACAGCUUGACCCUCGGGGAAAGGCUGUAUCAAUACUGGAGAACAACAUCCACAAAGUAGAGAUGAAUAUGAUGGAAGCAGAACAUAUGCGCAAGAAGUAUCGAGCUAUUCGAGCAAGUCUAUUGGACGAUAGUGUUUUAUUUGAGAGCACACUAAAAAAACUGGAGCAGAACAUUAUGAAACAGGAUACAGAGAUAAAAUAUCUUCAGGCCAUAAAUCGAGAUGCUUUGGAUCUUCGGGAUAGCACUAAAGGCAUGUUGCUUCGCCAAGAAGUAAUGGUCAUGAAUGCUGGGAAAUCUAGAGAGCGGCAGCUCAUGGAACUCAAGAUGCGUGUGGAUGAGCGCAAGGCUGAGUUAGAGCGUCUGGAGCGUAGAAUAUUUCCCACAGGAAGACCUCUAUUGCACCAGGACACUGUCACAUCCACAGACAUGACACAUCCUCCAUCAGAUGAGACUUCACAAACUGUUGAGAAUCUCGAAAAAGCAUUCACUACCCUGAAAGAAGCAACAGGAGUAACUGACACCAAAGAUGUGCUCCAACGGUUUCUAUCACAAAUUGAGACAAGAAAGAGACUUACAUUCCUUAAAAACACAACUGAGCAAGAAAAGAAACAAUUGGAAGUUAGAAAAGACAUGAUGCUUGCUGAACUUGAAGCUUUCAAAUUUGCACAAGUGAAAGACAAAGAACAAAAUGAGGAAGAAGUAGAAAAGUUAAAAAUUGCCAUACAGAAUGAAAUUGACAAAAAAGAAAAGUUGGAUGAAGAAUCUGCUCAUAUCCGAGAACAGAUACUUCAAAUUAAAGCACGACUGCUUACUAUGUGCUCAAUGCUACAGGAGUAUGAGCCUCUGUCAGUUCCACCUUCAACACAGGAGAUUGAUGAUUCAGAAGAGACAGUUAAUGUUUUAAAGUUGAAACUUCACAGCCUGUUUGAAAACAUUGAGAAAAAAGAUGAAGAACAAUUGGAAAUAGAAAGACUGACUGUUCGUGUUAUAAAAGUUGAUGCACCAAUCUAUCCUCAGACGUUUGAAGUUCAUCCAGAAAAAACAAGUGAGCCUGAAGAUGAAGAUGAAAUUCCAACUAGAGGAUUCCUUAAGCGACAAGCACAAGUCAUAAUUGAUGCAAAAAGUAGAAGAAAGGGCUUCAGAGUGGCUGUUCCACGAGUAUUUGGAAGACUUAAAUAAAAAAAUGAGACAUCUGGUAGUAAAAUUUGUUUGGAAAAUGAAAUAGAAAUAUUAAUUAAAAGUUGUGUUUACUUUGUCCCAUGGCGAAAUUUAAAGAAGCCUGCUUGCCACCUUCUGAAUUAAAUUAGUGAACCUGUAAAAAUAAGUAAUUUUAUAGUAAAAUAUCACAUAAAUUCUGAUGUACCAAACAAAAUUUAUCAAGAUGUUCUCUUUUACUUUGUAUGCUAACUCUUGUUUAUAUAAAAUUUUCCAUUACAAGAUUUGGUGAUUAUAGAA